GUAUUGCAACAUUCGUGAGAACAGCAGCACUUCUGAUCAUUGCUCCUUUUCAGUUAAUUUUGUAUAGAGCAGGCUGGAUAAACUCAUUUGUUGAAAAUCAGUUUAAAGCUGUUCUUUAAACUUCUCCGAGUGACUUUCUGAUAACCUUCUUUCCUGACCUGGUUGACGGUAUGGUCUCUGAAACUGUUGUGAUGGCCCAGGGCCUGGCAUGAGUGACCAGCUGGGAAACUGGGGAUGGCCUGAAAAGUCCUUGAUAACCAGUGGAAGCCUCUCUGUAAUCUUUUUGGACAAAUAAGCAUGUGAGGAGCAAAACCCCCCUGUGUGAUUAUCCUGUUUGUACUAGAUAAAAAGACGUGGUGAUGAAAAGAAGUUCAAGAGAGAAAAAGGAAAGCUAAGCGCGAGAGGAGAGAAGAGAGGCAGAUAGAUGGAGAUGAGGAACAUCCCCCAAAGCAGCAGAAGGUACCGUCUGAAGAACAGCAGUGGCCAGAGAAUAUGCCUGAAUGGGAAGAAAGGAAAUCCCUGCUAGCUCAGAGAAGAGUGGAGUCUGUCAGACUGCUUACAGUGCUGUUAAAUCGUGUGAAAUUGGCAGGUCAAAAAGUGGAUCCUUCAGUGGAUGUAAAGAAGGAUGAUUCAUUUUCUGAAACAACAUUUAAGGACAUAAAGCAGGAGCUGCUUAACUCCCUUUAUCGUACGCACAAAGAGCUGAAAUGUAAGGAGUUUAAGUGCCCAUUAACCCAAAAAGGUAGUGGUGUAUGUCAUGAGGAAGGAGAUGGGAGUAACUUCUAUGCACCAACUUGUCACAUAGUCAGGACAAUUUUAAAUGAUCCCUCUCCAGCCCCGAGCUCUGAUGGACUGCUUGGCAGGGAUGUGUGCAACUCCUCCUCCAAAGGCUGUGGGCCUUUGCUGAUCACGGUUACCCAGGACGGCAGGAUCAUCCAGCCGCUCCGUGGAAGGCACCACCCAGCACUGGAUGUAGUUCACACACAGACAGUGUCUGAGGAAGACGAUUGCAAAAAGCAGAAGGUUUAUGAGACUGAUGAAUUCAUCCAUUAUUUACUAAACUACUACCAGACACCACGCUAUGCACGUGUUUGCUUAGAGCCAAAAACCGCUGUAAACAAGUCCCGAUGGAAGCGAGUGGUAUCUGAUGAUGGUGGUGGGUUUGACAUCAGCUUGAGUAACAAACAUGGUCAGCACUUUGGAGAAGUGAGUCCUGUACAAAACCUUCACAAGAGAAAUUGUAGUAGUGAUAGUAAUUAUGGGCUGGUGAUCACUCUUGGGGAACUCAAGUCAACAGACAAAGUGUUAGAAAGAAAGGUCCAUGGGGGCAAGCUUGCAAAAAAGCUGCAAGUUCAGAGGAAUGACUCACUCACUUUUGAUAACUUACCACAUGCUGCACUGAAUCAUUCUUUGGAGUGCACUACUGUUACUCAUAAUGAGGAAUUCAAAAAAGAAGAUGGUAGAGAUGAAGGCACUGUACCACAUGGAACAUGUAGAUCUGCUUGCAGAUUAAAGGAUUUGUUGGAAGAGAUCAGUGAUUCUGAGUACUUUGGAGAGGCAUGUGGUGACUCAGUGAAGAGACCAGGAAGAAGGUAUGAAGACAUUUACAGCAGUUGUAAUAAAGGGUGCUUGUCUGCAAGAGCUGGGGAACAAAAAUUACUGGUUUAUCAUAAAAAUGUAGCUCUGGAAGGCCAAGAGAAGGAAAUCAGCCAAUGUAACUCCUGUUCUAAUUUCAUCCAUGAGCGCUUGGCAAGGCAGGGUGAACAUAAACUUAAAAAGUCGUACAAGAGGUCUAGUAGUGAAUUAAGAUAUGAAGGAAAGAAAAGUGAGAGACAAUCCAGAGAAAAGGAGAAAAAUGCUCAUAAAAUGAAGAAAAAGCAAAAAAAGCUUUCUUCUAAUCUUGUAUCUGAUGAAUGUGGCUUUUCAGAGAUGGACAGUUGCAUGCAGCUGGAGUCGCUCAGAAAGAUACAGAGAAAAUGUAAGAAAAUACUGCACAAAAAAGUGAAAUUCAAGACACAUCACACCUCUGUGGUAGCACCAGAUGUUAGCCCUCAUGAUGGCUCACCCCUUCAGGAGACCCUCCAGAGGAGAGGAGAUGAGAGGAAAUUAAUGUUGAGAAGAGAGAUGGAUGCAGAUGUCAGAGGAUGCCCUCUAUUUCCUCUUGAGAUAAUUCAGACAAACCCCUUCUCAGAUACUUUCUGUGGAGGAGAGCCCAGAAGAGGAUGCUGAAUAGCUACUGUAUUAUAGGUCUGAAGUUUUUGUAAAGAAGUGGGAGAAGAAAGCCCUUUGAUCAUUAAAAGGUAUAUGAACUAC